AUGGCCGCCCCGGCUUACUCCAACAAAGCCGCCAUCUACCUUGGACCCGUUGUUUCCUUUGGAGUUGUCGCAUUCUUCCUGGUCGUCGCGCGUAUCUACACACGGAUAAAGAGGACUGGAAGACUGUAUCUCGAUGACUGGAUCAUCGUUGUCGCGGAGCCACUUUCGUUGAUCGGUAUAUGUCUGGCUAUCGCAUCGACUGCAUACGGAUGGGGUAAACCAGCGGCAUCCUUCACACCCGAGACUCUCAAACAGACACUGAGGCUACAGUUCGCUCUUCAAACUGUGUGGCUCCUUACACUAUGGCUCGUACGCCUGUCUGUUGCCUGCUCGCUGCUGCGUUUCGGUACUGAGAGGCUUUGGCGAUGGCCAUUGUACUUACUCAUGGGUUUACAGACGGUCAUCUCCUGGGGCUAUUUCGUCAUUCAGUUUGCGCAAUGUACGCCUAUCAGCUCCAACUGGGACACUGGCAUCUCUUCCAAAUGCUGGAAUCUGGAUCCCAUCAUCCUCUUGGGAUGGGUUGUAGCUGGUGUCUACAUCGCUAUGGAUCUUACUCUUUCGCUCAUGCCAAUCCGCUUGAUCCGUACCUUGAACCGCUCUGAAUCAGAGAAGAUGCUCAUCGGCGUCCUCAUGGCCCUCGGUCUCCUCGCAACCGCCAUCACCUGCGCUAAGCUGACAACAUUCACAUCUUUCGGCCAAGGCGAUGUGAUGCAAGCUACCAUCAUGCCUUCGCUCUGGGCCAAGCUCGAAGAGGAGAUAGGUAUCAUCGCUACUUCGCUUCCCUGGCUCAAGAGCCCAGCUGAGAAUUGGUUGAAGAAGAUGGGCAUAUUGAAAGAGCAUCAGCUUACCAAGCCGAGCUUCGUGGCUGACAUGAGCUUGCCGACCGUGAAGGAUAACGUGGAGGACAUGAGCAAUGAUGAUGCGGAUAGUGCGAAAGUAAAGGGAAACGUCAGGGUGGAUUCAGUAGCUACCGCACUCGGUGCCAAGGGCUCCAACUCAAGCCUACUAAAGGAUCCGAACAGUAAUACCUGGCAGGCAGUCUAA